AUGCUCAUGUACGGCUGCAUGGGAGCCAUGGUGUGGUGUCAUGUCACCAAGGUGACUCGCCUCACCUUUGACAGUGCCUUCAAAGGCAAGUCCAUGAUGUACCAUGACAGCCCCUGUUCUGACGGAUACAUCUACAUCCCUCUGGCCUUCCUGCUCAUGCUCUACCUGGUCUACUUGGUGGAGUGCUGGCACUGCAAUGCCAAGAGUGAGCUGCAGCAUAAAAUGGAUGUAGAGGGCAUUUAUGAACGUAUCCAAAGGAUGCAGCAAGCGAAACCCUGCAUCUGGUGGAAGGCCAUUAGCUACCAUUAUGUUAGACGGACUCGGCAGGUCACACGCUAUCGUAAUGGGGACGCCUACACCAGCACACAGGUCUACCACGAACGGGUCAACACCCAUGUGGCUGAGGCUGAUUAUGACUAUGGUCACUGUGGGAUGAAGGACAUCUCAAAACAACUGCUUGGUCUGGAGAAGGCCCCACUCACCAAACUGAGGUUCACCAAGUGCUUUAGUUUUGCUAAUGUGGAGUCUGAGAACUCCUACCUCACCCAAAGAGCAAGGUUCUUCACUGACAACGAGGGGCUUGAUGACUAUAUGGAGGCACGGGAGGGGAUGCACCUGAAGGACAUUAACUUAAAGGAGUGUGUGAUUGUGUUUUCUGAACCUGACCACCACCCAUGGUAUGUGUCUCAUCAUGUGUUCUGGGCAGCAUCCUUCCUCACCUUAUCGUGGCCCCUGAGGGUUUUCACAGAGUACUGCACUGCCUACGUCCAUUACCGUGUGGAGAAACUCUUCGGGGCGGAUUACGUCCCUAUGACGCCUCUCGAUGAACGCCCUUACAGCCACCGGAUCCCCCGGGUCAACACCAUCGACAGCACAGAGCUGGAGUGGCACAUCCGUUCUAACCAGCAGUUAGUGCCUAGCUACUCUGAGGCUGGUCUCAUGGAACUGGCCCAGUGCUCCUCUGGUGGCUUUGGCGGUUUCAGACAGAACUGCGAGCGCUGUCACCGGGCAAUGAGCAGCUCCUCUGUUUUCUCCAGGAGUGCCCUCAGCAUAUGUACCGGCAGUAGCCCGCGGGUCGGCCGGGUGCCCUACAGUGGCAGCCGCUUCUCCUUGGGCCGGCGCUACGGAUCGCGACGCAGCUGUUUCUGGAGGAGUAGAAGCAGUUUGGAUGAGCAAUUGAGUCCCAGUGAGAACACCCGCUGCCUUUCUGGGCGCCUAACCACUGACGACGAGGACCCCCCAGAUUACCAAGAUGCUCUCUGCUUCCCAGUGCUAAUUUUUCACUGUAGUGAGAACUGCCACAAUCACAGGUCCUUUCAUAGGAAUGGCUCCUGUGUGGAGACCUCUCUAUGA